AUGACCGAGUCCACUCAACUACAAACUACGGAGAACAACAACGCAGGCGUAGUUAAAAUGGAGCCACCGCCGUCGACGACAUCCUCAACGUCCUCGGUAUCUGCUUCGCUUGCGGCAGCAACGGCGUCCGGCGGCACUGGCUGCAGUGGCAGUGGCAGUGGAACUGGGGCUGGAGCAGCGCUCUCACCUAAUUUAGAGCAGCAUCAGCGAUCCACAUUCCUGCAGUCACCGCUACCGUCGUUGCCACAGCAACAUUAUGCUCUCAAAUGGAACGACUUCCAGACAUCCAUCCUCAACUCAUUCCGGCAUUUGCGCGACGAGGAGGACUUUGUGGACGUGACGCUGGCCUGCGAUGAGCGCUCCUUCACUGCCCACAAAGUGGUGCUCAGCGCUUGCAGUCCCUACUUUCGCCAAUUGCUCAAAUCCAAUCCUUGCGAGCAUCCCAUUGUCAUAUUGCGCGAUGUGCGCAGCGACGACGUCGAGAACCUGCUUAGCUUUAUGUAUAAUGGCGAAGUUAACAUUAGCCACGAGCAACUACCAGAUUUCCUAAAGACCGCACACCUCUUGCAAAUUCGAGGCCUGGCGGAUGUCAAUGGCGGCUAUCCCUUUGAUGCACUCAGUACCACAGCCAAGGCGCUUGCGGCACCGCUGACGCACAACAACAAUAAUAACAAUAAUAAUACAAACAGCAGCAACAACAAUAAAGUUAACUACUUACCAGGAGCUCUCUUCAACGCUUCCAGCAGAAGCAAUAACAACGUCAGCGCCAGCAACCACAACAGCCAAAGCUCGCCCUUCAGCACCGGACAGACCCCAAUAGUGCCGGCAACAGCGUCCUCGGGUGCGGCGGCAACCGCGUCCAGUCUACCCCUAACCAGCAGCAGCAGCAGUAACAAAAGCAGUAAUAACAGCAGCAGUCAAGUGAGCGGAAACACCAGCGGACCACCUGCCGUCCAGGAGCUGAAAGCAUCCGCACCGUCGCCCGCGAGCUCCAAUCACUGGGAUCUCGGAGACAUGGAGGGUAAUCGCAAGAGCCACUUGACACCGCCGCCCCAGAAACGUAUCAAGAGCGCCGAUCUCUUCCGCGCCCAGCACGGCAUCAGCCCCGAACGUUUGCUGCUCGAUCGUGAAUUCCCUGUAGCCGGACAGCACCCGUUGACACGCAAUCGAAGCCGGGAUGUCUCCAAGGAUCGGGAUCGCAGCCUUGAGUUGCGCGAAUCCCUGCUUGGUCAAGCGCUGGAGAACAGUAACGGUCAGCAGAGCAGUCAGAAACACGAUCUCGGACAAAGCGCAGGCGAGGAUUCAAACAGCAGCGACACUGAGCCCUCAGAUCGCGGCGAUGUCCAUCAUGAUGGCACAAUGGACGGCAUGGACAAUCAGCGUUCGCACUCUUUCCCAAGCGCAUUCCUGGGGCUGCAAGGCAUACCAGGACUGCUGCCCGGACCCUCUGGCAUGGGGGCCAACGACUUUGGUACGUUCAUAAAUGCGACAAACAUCAAGGAGGAGAUCACCAACGCCAACGACGACGAUAUGCAGGAGAAGGCGCACGGCGCGGAUCCUCAUCAGGAUCGAGACCGAGAUUCGGCUGAAUGCACGCUGGCGAAAUUGAUUUAUCGGCCCCAAUUGCCACAACAUUUUGAGCAGCGCAGCAACAACAACAACACAACGCUUAACAAAGGCCGCUCCGCGAACUCCUCGCCGACCCCUUCGGCCCGCUCCUGGAAUGAUAGUGAAGUUGAAGACAACUUUGGUGAGGAUCGUUUCUCAUCGGCUUCGUCAGCAAUCUCGCUUACGGUGAAGACGACCCGGCCGGAUUGCGAAUCAACUCUCUACCAGACAUUGCUCCGUAAGCAGGAGCAACAUCAGAAGGCACACAAUUUACAACAACAACCCCUUCAGCAGCAGCCCCCACAUCCCCAACAGCCCAGCCAGCAGAUAACGCCCCUGCCCCGACAGCAAUCGCGCAACGAUUCUGGCAACUCCGCCCCUGUUGGCGGCAGCGUGAACGCCAGCGGUAGCAGUGCCAGCAACUAUAUGCUUCCCUGUCCACUAUGUGAGACGCCGCUGGAGCAGCGAGUCUUCCGGCAGCACCUGGACCGGCAUUAUCCCCGCGAUAGUCCUGUGUGUCCAGUCAUCGAGUGCGGGCGCCGCUUUGCCCAUCCGAACUCGGUGCGAAACCAUAUGCGUAUCAAGCACACCCUACAGUGGGCAAAGAUGAAAGCAAUGCGCUCCUCAGGAGGACCCUUCUCUGGCGGGCCCGACUUUAAAUGA